GCAAUUCUUCAUCAGUUCAAUAUUCUGCUAGAGAUGUAUCAAGUUGGCUACACAAAUUGUUUUUCCGCACUGGCCAGUGACAGGACAAAAUAUUAUUUGUUGGCAUCCUUUGUUCUACACAUAAAGCAUAGUGAGUCCAAGGAUUCCACUAUAAGCCCAAGAAUUUUGCUGUCUGGUCCUGCAGGAGUGACUGCAGUGAUGUCCCGAUCAUACAAGCAUUGCAGAGAGGUGUUAGAGUAUUUGAACUGGAUAUCUAGCCGAGUUCCACAAAAGAUAAUGUCAAUGUUCUUCAUGGAAGGAAACUCUGGCCAACCUCCCAAGCGUUUAGAAGUUUCUAGGAGCUCAAAUGGAGAAGAUGAUGAAGAAUGGUCGCUGAUAUCUGAAAUGCACUCAAGGUUAGAAAUUUCUUAGAGAGAUGCAAAAUAUGGUCAAAGAAUUAAAGAAUUUAAUUUUUCA